AUGGUUUUGUACACGACUCCCUUUCCUAAUAGCUGUCUGUCCGCCCUCCAUGCUGUGUCCUGGGCCCUCAUCUUCCCAUGUUACUGGCUGGUGGACCGGCUGGUAGCCUCCUUCAUACCCACCACCUAUGAGAAGCGCCAGAGGGCAGAUGACCCUUGCUGCCUGCAGCUGUUCUGCACUGUACUCUUCACACCAGUCUACCUGGCUCUGUUUGUGGCUGCAUUACCUUUUGCCUUUCUUGGGUUCAUUUUCUGGUCUCCAUUGCAGUCUGCCCGCCGGCCCUACUCAUACUCCCGGCUAGAGGAUAAGAGCCCAGCUGGAGGGGCAGCUCUGCUUAGCGAAUGGAAGGGCACAGGGGCUGGCAAAAGCUUUUGCUUUGCCACAGCUAACGUCUGCCUUCUUCCUGACUCACUUGCAAGGCUCAACAAUGUUUUCAAUACCCAAGAACGGGCCAAAGAGAUUGGGCAGAGAAUCCGAAAUGGGGCCGCCCGGCCUCAGAUCAAAAUCUACAUUGAUUCUCCCACCAACACCUCCAUCAGCGCAGCCAGCUUCAGUAGCCUGGUGUCUCCGCAGGGCAGUGAUGGAGCUAGAGCUGUCCCUGGUAGCAUUAAGAGGACAGCCUCUGUGGAAUACAAGGGGGAUGGUGGACGUCACCCCAGUGAAGAGGCUGCCAAUGGCCCAGCCUCUGGGGACCCGGCUGAUGGCAGCCUUGAGGACAGCUGCAUUGUGCGAAUUGGUGGUGAUGAAGGAGGCCGACCACCGGAAGCUGAUGACCCUGCUACUGGGAGCCAAGCCAGGAAUGGGGCUGGUGGGGUCCCAAAGGGCCAGACGCCCAACCAUAAUCAGCGAGAUGGGGAUUCCGGGAGCCUGGGCAGUCCCUCAGCCUCCAGGGAGUCCCUAGUGAAGGCACGGGCUGGGCAAGAUGGUGGUGGCAGCGGAGAGCCAGGAGUCAACAGCAAGCUCUUGUAUAAGACGUCAGUUGUGAAGAAGACAGCAGCCCGCAGGAGGCGACACCCUGAUGAAGCCUUUGACCAUGAGGUCUCGGCCUUCUUCCCAGCCAAUCUGGACUUCCUGUGCCUGCAGGAGGUGUUUGAUAAGCGUGCAGCUGCUAAAUUGAAAGAGCAGCUACACGGCUACUUCGAGUACAUCCUGUAUGACGUCGGGGUCUAUGGCUGCCAUGGUUGCUGCAAUUUCAAGUGUCUCAACAGCGGUCUCUUCUUUGCCAGCCGCUACCCUGUCAUGGAUGUGGCCUAUCACUGUUACCCCAAUGGGUGCAGCUUCGAUGCCCUGGCCUCUAAGGGAGCUCUGUUUCUCAAGGUAGGCAUCCUCAGCUCCACCUGA